UAAAAUUAGACCAUGUGAUGAACCCUAACAUAAGAAGGUUCACAUAGUCGGAGCUCACAGAAAAAUGGCAACGGAAGGCAAACCAAACACAAGCAAUGGAAUUGGCAAUGGAAAUGGCGGAGGAUUCAAAGCUAAACUAAACCACUUCCUUUACAGUGGAGAGAAGAAGCACGUCUUUCUAGGGUUGACCAUUAUUACUGCUGUUUUCGCCGUUCCUUGGUACUACAUGACCCGAGGAUCUAAGCAACAAUCUCAUCAAGACUACCUGGAAAAGGCGGAAAAGGCUGACAAAGCAAGGAGCGCACGACUCUCUUCAUCUUCAGCUAAAUGAUAGCACUCAUUUGUCAUAAUACAUGAUUCGCUGAUUAAUCACUCUACAGUUUUCUUCAUCAGCUGAACGAUAGUGUACCAGCUUUUAAAGGAUUGGUUAGUUGUUUGCUCCAUGAGUGCAGUCUGUUCAUUUUCUUUCUUUGUUAACACAAUUUAAUUCACAGGAAUAGUAAAGAGGAGGAUAUAUUUUUUGUCCUUGAUGAGAGGAAACCAUUCAGUUUCUACUCUUUGUUAUGCUCUAAUGCUCUCAUAUGCUUAAUUAUUCUAUUGAAAUCAAAAUAAUUCAGAGCUAUAAUUUAAUAAAUAUUUUGCAAAUUGCUUAAUACAAAGUACAUUUUAUUGCAACCUCAA